AUGGCAACUCUGGUGUCCGAUUCACUCGCAAAGAAGAACAAUGACAAGGCAUCAGCGAAUUCAACGGCACAGGUCAUUGGCGGACAUGGAACUAAUAGCUACUCCAACAACUCCUCCUACCAGAGAUUAUCGGUAAAUAUUGUGACCAAAAAAAUUGAAGAUGCAAUUAUGAAGAACCUUGAUGUGGAAACCCUCUCUUCAACAUCAAACAUAUUUCGUGUCGCAGAUUUUGGAUGUGGGGUUGGAUCAAACACAAUAAAUUCCAUGCAAGAUUUGCUCCAAAUCGUAAAGAAAAAGUACAUAUCUCAGUGUCCUACAUCUUCUCAGAUGCCUGAAUUUCAAGUGAUUUUCAACGACCAAUUCACAAACGAUUUCAAUACCCUCUUCACGUAUCUCCCACAAGACAAGCAAUACCUUGUAGCUUCCGUUCCUGGUUCUUUCCAUAACCAAGUAUUGCCCAAAUCAUCACUCCAUUUAGCCCAUUGCUCGUAUUCGUUGCAUUGGCUUUCUCGGUUGCCGAAGGAGCUGCGAGACGAGCGUUCUCCGGCGUGGAACAAAGGCAAGAUUCACUACACCAGUGCUCCACCUGAAGUUUUAAUGGCGUAUGCGACGCAGUUCGCUGAGGAUUUAGACAAUUUCUUGAGUGCCAGAGGUCGAGAGAUGGUGUCGGGAGGGAUGAUUGUGAUUGUUGGGUCAAGUAUUCCAGAUGGGAUGCCUUAUUCUCAAGUUGUGAACGGUAUAAUGUUCGAUUGCAUGGGUUCCAUCCUCAUGGACAUGGUGAAAACCGGAUCCAUCAGUGAAGCUGACGUGGAUGCAUUCAACCUGCCUAUAUAUGCUUGCCCUCCCGGGGAAUUCAUUGAGGGGGUCGAAAGAAACGGACUAUUCAGCAUAGAAGUGAUAGAACUGAUGAACCCUGCACCAUGGCUAAAAGGUCCCAUUGACAUCCCCGUCUUUGUGAAACAUGUAAGGGCUGCUAUGGAGGGAAUGUUCAGCAAUCAUUUUCCCAGCAAAUCCAUUGAUGAAUUGUUCGAUCACCUUGUCCUAAAACUAUCAGACAUUUCUCAGCAAUUGGAAUCAUGUUACAGGGAUGGACUUCAGCUAUUUGCCAUUUUAAAACGUAAAUAAAUCAACGCUUCAUUUCGAUAUCGUAACGAUGCUAUCAGAAAAGACUCUAUCUUGCAUGCAAACAUGUUUAAUAAGAUUCAGGUUUCUUGGAUUAUUUUCUUAAAGCAUAAAUUUGUACUUUGCUUGGAUAGAUUGCUGGUAUGAAUGAGCAAGUUUGUUCUCUGAUGGUUUGGAUCUAUAAUAAUUAGAAUCCCAUUUUCUGGGUUUCUUUUCUGUAUGUCAUUUUCUGAUAUCAGUUUUA